AUGGAAAAUAAAACAGGCAAAAGAAACGAAUUGCACACUAAAAUCAAUAAAUUUAAACAAGACACAAUUCAAGAAGUUACAUUUUGGAAAACAUUCGGCUUCGUCAUUCAAACUUUCGAACCUAUUGAUAUAAUUCCUGAAACCAACGGAGAUAAAUCAUCAAACAGCGGAAACGAAGGAAAAUUCAUUCCCUCACCAACUGUUGUUCAAAUUGAACACUUUAUUGGACCACAUUACACCGAACCUACAGAUUUCUAA